AAAAAACCUCCCUGAAAUCAGAUUCCCGCCUCCUUAAAUCCAUGCCGAUCACUCACACAUCUCGCCUUUCAAAUCAAAAUCUCUCUCUCUCUCUCAUCUCACUCUUUCUCUAUAACAAAUUAACAAACACUAAAGUUGAAGUUUCUUCUACUGCAAACCAGCGAAGAUGACCGCUACUCUUAAAGCUGAAGAGCAAAACCAGCUACAGCUGGUGGAGCGAGAAGAAAUGGAUGACGAAGACGAUUUGUUCGAAGCCAUCGACAAGUUGAUCAAUCAAGGUAUUAAUGCUGGAGAUGUCAAGAAGCUUCAAGAUGCAGGCAUUUACACUUGCAAUGGAUUGAUGAUGUUCACGAAGAAGAACUUGACAGGAAUCAAAGGAUUGUCUGAGGCUAAAGUUGACAAGAUUUGUGAAGCUGCUGAAAAGAUAGUGAAUUAUGGUUAUAUAACUGGAAGUGAUGCUCUGCUCAAAAGGAAGUCUGUGAUUCACAUCACAACUGGAAGCCAAGCCCUGGAUGAACUCUUAGGAGGUGGGGUUGAGACUUCGGCUAUCACAGAAGCUUUUGGGGAAUUCCGGUCCGGGAAGACACAGCUUGCUCAUACUCUUUGUGUCUCUACACAGUGCAGCAUAGGAGCACAUCCAGGACUUUCUGCACCAAUCCAAUCUCUUCCUUCGUCGAUCAUUUAGGCCAGGAUUUGCCAAAAUUUUGGGGGCAUAUACAGUAUGCAUAAAAAAUGACAUCCAAUGGAAGAAGCAAAUCGAAGAACAAAGAAAUACUCAUCCAAGUUUCCAUGAAAAUAGAAUUAAUUAUCAAUCAGGAAACUAACAUCUUGGAAAUCUUUUAUGUAAUGUGUAAAUUUUAUUUUAUGCUUAUUUCCACAAAGGUUUGUGAUUCAUGUGAGAGUAAACAACACAUACAGCAGCAUCAAUUGUCUUGUUCAUUGAAAGACUAAUAACAGUAUGAAAUUUGGGACACAUUAGCG